GAUGGUCCGCGGCGCCACGAAGAGGGGGGCCAAGAAGGGGCGGGCGAACCCCGACAGGCUCCCCGCGCAGGAGGGCCCCGUGGCGCCGCUGAAGUCCAUCGAGCAGCCGGAGGAGGAACCCACGCCGGAGCCAAGCGACGACCUGGCCACCUCCCCAGCGGUGAUGUCCAGUCCGUUCAGCGGGAGGACAGAGUCCGAGAAGUGGGCGCUCAAGCACUGGAAGAAGUCGUGGGAGGGCCACCUGGAGGCCGCCUCGCCCCCUGCGGACAGCGACGGGGAGCAGAGCCCCCACUGGGGCGCGCGCCAGGAGAAGAGCCCCCGCAGGGACAGGGGCUGCCCGCCGUGGGGCGCGAGCCUGGGCGCCGGUCGCGCGCUCCUCGAGACGGAGCUCAGGGUGAGGGACGCGGCAGAGGCGAUCGAGAAGCCGACGGGGAAGCCCGGCAUGACCGACGGGGAAACCAGAGUCGUGCCCACAGCGGAGUGGCUGCCACGGUGGCUGGUCAGCAUCGGGAACAACAUCGUGUCCGCGCCCUGCUGCGCCUGUCAGUCCAGGGGACUCCAGUGCAUCGAUGCGAUACUGACUGAUCCUGUCCGCAGCCGUGCGCCGCGGGCGGCGGCCCUCCUGCGGGUGCCGCCGGCGCGCGCCGGCGAGGGCGAGGAUGUCAAGGACAUGCUCGCCGACUUCGACGCAGGGCGCCAGGCCGCGUUCGAGGCCGCCUGGGAGCGCGUUGUGCCGCGGGAGUUCGACAGCAGCCGCGAAGGCCGGUCCCUGGAGCUGCGCUUGCGGGCCCACUUCGCGCUCUGCCGAUCGCGACGGCGCCUGGACGCCGGGGCGGAGCCUCUCGAGGAGGAGCUGCAGCAGGACCUGGAGCCCUUCCGGGCCUUCCUGGGCGGGCGGGGCACCGACGAGGUCUGCGGCGACGAGGCGCUGAUGCCCCUGAUGGCGCUGCCGUUCGUGCGCCGCCCGCACGCGCAGGCCGACCUCCGGGAG